UAAAGUUGAAGCCUUCCAUGAUCCAACAAAGGAAAAAAGACAAAAUUGAACCAUAGAUAUUAUCCCGUUAAGGAUGUAGAUAUUUAUCUAAGAUAGAUAUUGAUUUGAAACAUGCAUGCUUAAUUACAUAACAUGGUUGAAUUAAUGUUGAAACUAUAGUUGUUGUAGGCAUGGAGGAAAUAAACGAGUGGCAAGAAAUCGAACAACACACAACUCUCGAAUCCUCUGGCUGGAACAGAAUAAUCAUCAAGGAAAACAACAAUAUUGAAGUUCAGGGAGGGAGUAAUCCUCCUUCUUCUUGUUCUUCUUCUUCCACUCCUACUCAUCAUGAAGAAGGAAUUUCCUCACCCAUGACGGCGUCAAGUUCCGUUGGUGGCGAGAAGGGUGAAACCCCCACGCCGGCUGCAACGCCAUUGGAUUGGGCUAAUGAAGUGAAUAAGAUGUUGAAGGUGCGGAUGGAGGCUAUGAGAGUGGAAAUUGUGAGGGUGGCUUCUAAGGUUCGUAACUGUGCAAUGUGUGCGGGGGCGUUUUGGUCAAUUACGUGCGUGGCUGGAGCUGUAGCUGUGACCGCGGUGUUGGUUUACGUCGGGAUUCAAAGGCGUCGCCGGAAGGUGGACGGUUCGGAAUAUCUCCUUAGGCAAAAAGAUGAGAAAAUUAGCCAACUCUUGCUUAAUAUUGCACAUCUGAAUGAAGCCUUAUCAUCACGUCGCAAGGUUCAGGUGCAUCGAAUUAGUGGCUGAUGAUAUUGCAGAGUCAACCAAUAUUGGUAAAUUUGCGACAUAUUCAUCUUGAAAUUUUUGGCUACAUGUUGUAAAGUGUAUGAGUUUGGUACUCUAUACCUGCAUAUUACCGUAAUUAAAAUCUUAAUAAAUAAUCUACCAAAAAAAAAUCUUAGUAAAUAAAUAGCAUUGUAUCACUAUUACAAUUUGCAGGCAACAUAAGCAUAUAUAUUUAGCUAUAUUUUUCUUAACUUUGGCUUUUUGUCCUGAAUUAAUUCUCUAGUACAAGUUUUGUAUUAGUACUUGUAACUUAUAAUUAAGGACAUUUUCUUAUGUAAUAAUAACAAAUCUCAAAGACGAGGCAACUCUUACACUCAA